UCAGUUGAUGAUGAAGGAGGUAUGUUCCUCAUGCCUCCAGCCUGUCUCUUCUAUGGAGUGUGUGGCAGCCAACAAGGUCCUUCUGCACCACUCAUGCUUCUGCUGCAAGCUCUGCAAGAGGAAGCUAAGCUUGCAUAACUACACUGCCCUCCACGGGGCGUUUUACUGUGAAGUCCAUUACCAGCAGCUUGCCAAAGCCAGGGGAGGAAGCAAGAAGGAAAAGAUUGAAUGCAAACAACAGGAUCAGCAGCUACACGCAAUGCUAACACCAGGCCUAGGAUCAGAGCCCAGGAACAGAUAUAACAAGGCAGAAAAGAAAAUUGUGGAGACAGAGAAACUGCAACCCAGAUCCUUUAAUUCACAUCCACAUCUCAGCUUGGGGCCACCUGAUGGAAUGAGGCAGCUGCGCAGUGAGUUUGUCUCGAGAAACCAGUUCAGAACUAGCUGGCCGCCUUUGAAAAAAAGCUCUGCAGAGGCACCCAGAAACCCCGACAAACCUGGAAAGAGUGAGGGGCGAGACACUGCAUUGAAUUUACAAACCUACCAGGCUGCGGGCAGCAGAGCAGAUGGGGUUAUGCUCAAGACACGUGAUGGGAAAUCAAUAGCAGAAAUGGCUAUGAAAGAGAAACCAAGCCUGUUACCUAGGGUCACCUUUCUAAAGGAGGCAGGGCCAGGUUUUUCCUGGGUGAAAGCAGGAGGUGGGAAAGGAGCGCUCAGAGACGGUAAAAAGAAGCUGGGGUCCGUGGAGGGAAACGUGGCGACAGCUCCGAAAGGAAAGCAAGGGAGCAGAGUAUCAGAGAAAGUUGCUGUGUUCCAGCAGAGUAAACCCAGACUGGAGAGCAAGAGUGUUCCUGCCAUCUCGCCGUUAGCCUUGGUGCCUGUGAAACCUCCUGCGCAUGCUUCAUUCAUCUCCCAUUCAAAAGCAUUAAGAGCUACUAAUGGGGCAUCUACAAGAGCCGUUCAGGCUGGUGCUCUCUGUACUGCAGAACUCCUGCCGAAGGAUAACAAGCUUAGUGUAACUCGCUCCACCGAGGGCCUGUUUAAUGAAAGAAACAUAAACCUUAGCAUAGCGAGAGCUGAAUCUGUUCCCAAAAGUAUCGUUAAUUUGCCUGAACUGACUCUAUCCAUGAGUUCCAAUACACAGGACCAGCAGCAUCCCGAGGAUACCGGGAGUGGCGCACUGGCCUCUCACGUACCAGGAGAAGCUGAGACGCACAGCGUUGCAAACAUGGUACCAGAAUGCGGAGCAGGGGGUUACAUUUCUUCCCAGCAUAAGCCUGAACCUCAGAUACAUCCAGCUGAACAUGAUGCGGUCAAAGGCAAUGAAACAACUUGCCUCCCCAGUAAGUCAGUGACGUCUUACGCAGCGGCUGGUUCACCGGAGCUGGGAGUUUGGGGGCCAUUACUCCAGACAGCUGAGCAGGUGCAUGAGGAUUCAGAGACAGACAGCCAAGAGUUCUCUGGACACCUAAUGCCACUAACGUAUGAGGCAAACGUGCAGGGAUGUGGAGAAGACCUCAAAAGCACUGGGGCAGCGGUUGAGAAGGUGAAGAAAAUGCAGCCAGAGAGCAAAGAGUGUUAUGAAUUUGUGGCGCAUACUCCUGGUCAUCUCUCUCAGGAAAGCAAGCCAGAAGGAAGCGCCAUCUCUUCAGCUGGACAAGCAGGGAGAACAGAUGAUCAAACUGGGUCCUACUUACCAGAAAUGGAAUCUCAAAAUACAUAUGAUCCCCUAGUAAAUAGCCCACAAGGGGAUAUUUUGAUAGAUAAUGUUAAAUUAUCUACUAGGGACAUUUCAGGAUCAAUGGACACACAUCUGAAUGCAGCUAGCACUACUGGGAUCUCACACGAUAAGCCCAGCAGCUCAGAAGAUACUAAACUCAAGUCAAAGGGUCAAGAUGACCCUUUGGGACAGAGCAUCCUCCACAUUUCUGAGCCACUGGGCAAAAAGUUAGAAGCUUUCAGAUCUAAUGAAACAGCAGACAAACCUGAAACUCACCUAGCAGGAAAUGGGAACGUGGAUGUGAAACCCCAACAUGAAAGUGAGUCAAAUGGAACGGCUAGUGCUCCCCAAGGCAAAGGGACUAGAAAUGGUCAUGCCAGGAAAGAUACACUCGCAAAAGCUUCCAGUCUUGGGAAAAAUCCGUUUGCUAGGCUCUUUGCUUCCGAAAAUAAAGACAGCACCUCAAAGAAAGCGCUUGCAGGGAAAAAGAAAUCCACUAAGCCCCAGUCUGCCUUGGUGACAUUAUUUGGCUAUUCCUCAAAUAAAGUAAGGAAUCCAAAGGAAAGUCUUACAAAACCUUCACCGAAACUUUCAGAGCAAACAAACAAUGGAGAUCAGCAGGAACCUUCCCAGAUUGGAAGCUCCUCAAGCCAGUCAAGGCAAAAGGUCAACAAGAAAGAGGAAGCAUCAGAUGCCGUUACUCAGAUUGGAAGAGCAGAGGCAACCCCACAAGAUUCACCGCAGAGUUCGGGGUACCACCUGGGAGAUGGACUAAGUGAACGUUUUCCACAUUUAGACAGCACUGAAGUCUUAGGGUCCAAUGUGCUUUUGUUGACUCCUGGUGCAGACAGUUUGAGUAAUGCUAGCAAUUUACAUGAGGCACCUAGUCUUGAAUUUCAUGACCAACCUGAUUUAAAUGUGCAAACUGCACAACAGGGGGAUGCCAAUUGCUCAUCUUUGAUUCCAUCAGGAGACUCUCAGGAAGAAUCUCUGGCAACCAAGGAAGGCAGACAGCCGUCUAUGGGACCAACAGCUUCAGCAGACUCUAGACUGAGUCUGACCAGUGAAGGAAAGCAUUAUGACACAUGUCUACAUAAAAUGGAAAACAUGGCUGGUUUGGAUGAUCAAGAUUCAAAGAUCAGGACUGGAACCUUUUCUACAUUAAGUCAUUUAGGAGCGUCACACAAAGAAAUUGACCUUCCCUUGGAAGAUAGAAAUCUUUUAGAGUCCAGUACACUUUUGUUGUCUGCAGGGGCCAGUAAUUUAAAAAGCACAAGCAAAAACUUUCCUGGCAUCAGUGGCACAGAUAUCCCAUGCCCAGCUGAUUCAGACAUGCAAAAUUUGCAAGCAAAGUAUCAACCUUCCUCCAAUUUAAAUUCCUCAGAAUUAUACAGUACAAGUCCAUGGCAGAGAAAUGACCCUCAGCUGUUAUUAAAAUCCAGCUCCCUUCUCCUGAUGGAAGAAGGGCUUUUAGAUAUUGACGAUACUCAUGGAAAUUGGAACUCUGAGCUGUUACAGCAGUUUGAUCUGGACUCCCAGCUUCAGGUGAAUACAGAUCCUUUUGGACUGGGUCUCGACACUAGACAACCAACUACUGAUCAUCUGAAUACUUGGGGAGACAACUUUCAACCAAUGUCCACAUCUACUCCCCACGUUUCUGAGCCCCUUAAUGAUAUCCUGGAUACCUUGAAUACAGAAGCAACAGUAGCACUCCAGCAAGCACUGAUGAUAGUGGAAGAGAGUGCACAAGCACCAGAUCUUCCAUAGUAUUGCAUGAUGUCCAGCCCCACGCAAACCUGGUUUUACUUAAUGAUGGUUUUAAAACCCGAGACUGGUUUAUAUAGAUGAGAUUAAUGGAUAAAAGCACAAACACACACAUACCCUUAAUUAGCGGACACUGGAAGACGUUUGCUUCACAAAAUCAGAUCAGAAAUCCAGCCAGGAGGUGACAAUCGUGCUGAAUUUGAAUGCCUGCGAUCAUUUUUGAACGGCCUGGAGAUCAGAGUUUGAGAUCACAGCCCAGGUCCUAGUGAAUAAGUGUCCAUAUCACAAAAUCCAUGAUCACUGCUGGAUCCCUUUGUGACGGGUUGGAUCACAGAAACCCCCUUGGGAGCUGCCACCCAAUGUACCAAGACUACCCCUGUUCCUG